AUGAAGAAAAUUAUUUCGGGUAACAAAUAUUCAAAUGAUCACCUAAUCUAUGAGAUUUUGGUAAUAAUCUUUACAACCCUUAGUGUUGUAGACCUUGCAAUAGCUUCUAUGGUUUGCAAAUCAUGGAACUUAGCAAGUCGUUCCCCUAAACUAUGGAAAAAGCUUGAUUUAAGUAUAUUGAGCUUAAAAGGAAUGAAUGAACCAUUGAGACCAUUUGCUUGGAUGGACCAAUAUUCAAGUCAAAAAAUAACUCAAUUCCUGAAGUAUACUUCAAGUUUGAGUGGUGGAACCAUAAGUUGCAUAAUAUUUAAUUAUAAUGUCUACUUGAGAGAUAUGCACUUAAUCUCGAUUGCUGAAAGGACUCCAAAUCUAAAAAGGUUAGUUCUUCCUAUAUCCGGAAACAUAUCAAAAAUUGGAAUAGAAACCGCAUUGAGAUCAUGGAGAGGUCUCAAAUCCAUUACAAUCACCUCAAUGGUCCAUUAUAUUAACUUGUUUGAUGCGAUUGAAAAAUAUUGCACGAACAUUGUUUGCUUAAAGUUCACAUAUUGUUUUGAACAAGAUCAUGCUAAAUCGUUGGUUAAAUACACUCCUAACCUAAAGGUUUUGAGUAUUCGGAGCAUGAGGGUAAACAUGAGAGGUUUAUGUUAUGUGCUUAAUAAUUUGGAACAUUUGAAAGUGGUUAAUUUACGCCAUAGUAUUAUAUUGGACAAAUUCGAUGAUGAACUUCGUAUAUAUUCAAUAUUUGAUGUAUUAAGUCGUGUCAAUAUCUCUUGUAAGAUUAUUGUUUGUCAAAGAAGAUCAUGCCUUAGAUGCAAGAAUGAGAAUAUGAGAAAUUCUAGAAGACUAUCGAAUGGGUCCUUGGAGGAAAUUUGGCGUGAAGAUGAGAUUAUAUGUCUUGCACAUUAA